GACUGGACAAGCCUUAUAAAAAUAAAACUUUAUAUUUCCAUUCAUUCAAACUCGUCUCCACUUUAUCAGUUUCCUCUGUGUGAAUGUGCUGUUUAAGGUGAAGCGACUCCAAACUCGCAGCGGCGUUGGUAAAGAAGAAGCAGGUGUCCAACAUGGCGAACGCGGCCAGCGGAGCUCUCGCAAGUCUCCUGCUUUUAUCAACGAUUGCGGCAGCUGUUCUUCAAGGAGCAGCUCAGUAUCCAGUCCAAAGCCAGAACCUGGUGACAGACAACAUCUCGGUGGUGGAGGGGGAGACGGCCACUAUCAGCUGUCGAGUCAAAAAUAAUGAUGACUCCGUCAUCCAGCUCCUGAACCCCAACAGACAGACCAUCUUCUUUAGAGAUGUCAGACCCUUGAAGGACUCUCGCUUUCAGCUGGUCAACUUCUCAGACAACGAGCUGCGCGUGGCCCUGUCCAACGUGUCUCUCUCGGAUGAGGGCAGAUACGUGUGUCAGCUCUACACGGACCCUCCGCAGGAGGCCUACGCCGACAUCACUGUGCUGAUCCCACCAGGCAACCCAAUCAUCGAGUCACGUGAGGAAAUUGUAAGCGAGGGCAAUGAGACGGAGAUGACCUGCACAGCUAUGGGCAGCAAACCAGCCGCCUCCAUCAGAUGGAUGAAAGGAGACAAAGAGCUGCAAGGAAGGUCCAAAGCAGAGGCCACAGAUGACAGGAUGUACACUGUAACCAGCUCGGUAAGGCUCACUGUUACAAAGGAGGACGAUGGUGUUCCUGUUGUCUGCAUUGUAGACCACCCAGCAGUCAAGGACUUUCAAGCCCAGAAAUACCUGGAGGUGCAGUAUAAACCAGAAGUGAAGAUUGUCGUGGGGUUUCCUCAAGGACUGACCAGAGAGGGGGAAAACCUGGAGCUGAUGUGCAAGACCAAAGGCAAACCAGAGCCUCAGCAGGUGAACUGGGUGAAGGUGGAUGACGACGUGCCCUCUCAUGCCGUCAUCACCGGCUCGGACCUCUACAUCGAGAACCUUAACAAGUCCUACAACGGUACUUACCGAUGCGUGGCCUCGAACUCAGUGGGAGAAUCCUACGACGAUUACAUCCUCUACGUGUACGAUGCCCCCACCACCACCCCUAUACCCACUACAGCCACCACCACCAUGUAUACCACCACCUCUCUCCCUGGUAUCACCCAAGACGCUGCGCCCAGCACUGAACCCGCUGCUCACGUAGACUCCAGAGCAGGAGCAGGAGCUCAAAGAGCGGUGGAUCACGCCGUCAUCGGUGGAGUGGUGGCGGUCGUGGUCUUCGCCAUGCUUUGUCUUCUUAUCAUUUUGGGCCGAUACUUCGCAAGACACAAAGGUACCUACUUCACACAUGAAGCGAAAGGGGCAGACGACGCAGCCGAUGCCGACACGGCCAUCAUCAACGCUGAAGGCGGACACAACAACUCGGAUGAAAAGAAGGAAUACUAUAUCUGAUUGUACAAAUCUCUGGUGGUGUUAUUAAUAUUAAUAUUAUUAUUAUUAUUUUGUUUUGUUUUUGGAUGGUCGGGACGGGUGGGGCAUGGAGGGGUUAAGAACUGGGAAUGCUUUGCUGUAUUUUUGUUCUUCUUCCUGGGGAUUGAUUUAAUCUAGACUACAUGGACACCUGAGAUGAUUUAGCCAUUGUCUUUGAGGGGGUUGGUGGUGGGGUGGGAGGGAUGGGAAAGGGAUGGGCUGUGGUUGCUAGAUGUUACCAUGUAUCACUAUAGAAAGCUUCACCAUUGAACACCUCCCAAACUGCUGGUACUCUUUUUUUAUUCUUCCUCCUUUGGUUCUGACCAUUUGCAGAAACUUCUGUGCCUUGUUCUGAAUUUCUUUUCUCUGUCAAGCUUUUGGUUUCGAACUCCCGAGUGUCAUGCUUCCCCACACAUAACCGCAACCGGUUCCUUUAUCUGUGUUCCUUUUAACCAGUGUCGCAGUCUGCUUUCCUAUGAGGGUAAAUAUACACAGCGCCUCAAGACACUCCUGCACUGUGUAGGCAUCAAGUUCUUCUACUGCAAACCAAAAUCCCAUCAUAUCCGAUCUUCUAUACUGUGAGAAGGCCAGGUUAUAUGGCAUCAUUUCUGCAUCCUUUUAGUAAAUUUCAGAACAUGUGCAUCACUUUAUAAAUAUCCAAGAAUUCAAAUGAGCAAAAGUAAAAGUAUGAUGCGUUAAACUCCCACUUGGUUACAUGUUAGUACUAUAGGACUGCACCUGUUUCUGUCCUGGCAGGCCUCAAGCAAAAUUCCUUUUUUUUUUUUUUUUUU